AAAUUUGAUUAUGAUCUAGUUUUGAGAGACGUUUCUUCAAAAGAAAGUUUUGGAAAACACGACUUAUUCCGAUUUUUGACGUUUUAAUGACGUUUUAAAACGUCACCCGUCCCCAAAGGGUUAAGCAAAGAAGUACGUUUAAUAUUAACGUUGUGAAGUAAUAAAGUAAGUAGUUUACUCGUUGUGCACUGUCAGAUCUAAAUACUGUUUUGAAUUUGAAUUUUUUAUUCAUUCUACUUCUUUUAUUACUAUGAGAAAAUUGAUAUAAAAACAGAUUUUUUCCAUUAAAGUUUUGCUUUUUUAUUACUUUGUAAAUGAACUAUUAAUUGACGAUUUUUCUCUCAAUGAGCAGUGUUCUCAGCUGUUUUUUCAUAAUUUGAACAAACAUAGUUUUCUUGUUUAUAUUUAGAUGGCGAUUUAUACGUUCUAUUAUUGGAAUAUAAAGCAACCGAAGCAGAAUUGUUAGCAAAUAGUUAUCCACAAUUUUCACUUGAAUAUCCGGAUAAAGUUAUUGUCAAAGAAAAAAAUCCAUUAUUUAGAAAACAUCAAAAAGUUCCAUUGUCUGAUCCUAAUUCAAGAAUAUGUAGUCGUUGUGGAAGAACAUUUUUAUUGAAUAAAGACGGAGAAUAUUCUACUAGAGAAGAAUGUAUUUAUCAUUGGGGACGAGUUAGAUCUACUCGAGUUAAUCGUGCUAUCGAACAACGUUACUCGUGUUGUCAUCAGGAUAUAAAAGCAACUGGUUGUGUCGUUGGUCAAGGUCAUGUACAUGAAGGAAAUUCAGAUGAACUACAAUCGGGUUAUGUAGAAACAUUAACAAAACAAAAACCACCAGGAGAUGGAAACUAUGGAAUAUACGCACUUGAUUGUGAAAUGUGCUAUACUAGUCAUGGUUUAGAGUUAGUUCGUGUUAGUGUUGUUAAUCAUAAACUGAAAUCUGUCUAUGAAACUCUAGUGAAACCAUCACGACCAGUAAUUGAUUAUAACACUCGUUGGAGUGGAAUUACUGAAGCACAUUUACAAGAUUGUAAUGUAACAAUAGAAGAUGUACAAAAUAAAUUAUUGAAAUUAUUUAAUGAUAAAACAAUACUUAUUGGACACUCAUUAGAAAGUGAUUUCAAAGCAUUGAAAUUAGUUCAUUCAACAGUUAUCGAUACAUCAAUUGUUUUUCCACAUUCGAAAGGUUUUCCAUAUAAGAGAGCGUUAAAAACAUUAAUGGCUGAAUAUAUGAGAAAAAUUAUCCAAGAAGAUGUCGAUGGUCAUGAUUCUCUCGAAGAUGCACUUUCUUGUAUGGAAUUAAUGCUAUGGAAAGUAAAGGAAGAUUAUAAAACGGGAAGAUGGGCAAAUAUAGAAAAAUAA